AUCUUCUUCCCAUUGCCAGAUGGGAUGGGCUUGUACUACUGCCUGCAAGGAACUGCUGAAGCCCCGGAGUGUUCAGGAGUCAUUUCCCGGCAGGUGCCGUGUAGAACUUCCCACACUGAGCUCAUCCCUGUCUCCAACUGGCUACACAGACCACAGAGGUUCCUGGUGGUGAUAGACAUACUCAAACCAGAAAAGCUGGAAAACAGUUUUGUGCUGCAGGGGCUGGAAUACAUUGAUGUGCCAGGCUCUGCCAAGAAGGACUACCAGCUCACAUUCCUCUCCUACAAAGAAGUAGUUAUUAACGCAGUGGUGACCUUCCUCAACGAGGUGACAGGGGAAUACUUGUUCUACAUGGUGACUUACAAGGCCACCCCUUCAGAACCCAUCAGCACUGUUGAAAUGACCACUGCUGUUCGGCAGAGAGUGUCAUCCACCGUCAAGGUGGACAACCCUCUGUCCAUCCCGGUGACGUUUGCCAUAGACUGCAAAGUACCUGAAGUCAGUGUUCCCCCACAGUUCACUGUUCCUGCACAGUCGGAGGCUGAUCUUGUACUUGAGUACCAGCCCCUGAAAGUGGGUGAAAGCACCGGGCGCCUGGUGCUCCAGAGCAGUGACUUGGGCUCUUUCUACUACAACCUGCAACUGAAAGCCCUCAUGAGCAGGCCAGAGAAGCCCCUCUACUUCUGCACCACACUGGGCUCUAGUCAGACCAUCACCACAAAAAUAAUGAACUAUGCCCGGCAGAAGACUGAGUACCUCCUCCAGACAAGUUGUCCUGACUUCCAGACAGAGAAAACCAUCGGCGCGGCCCCUGCCAGCCCCAGGGGCUCGGAGCUGAGCGUGGAGGUGACCUUCGAGCCCUGCCAGCUGGGUGAAGCCAGGGCCACGCUGCAGCUCUGCUCCCCACUUGGUGGUGAUUACAGCAUCCCUCUCAUCGGCCUCGCCCUCCCACCCAAGCCCCAGGGCCCCUUCCCCAUCAAG